AGACUGAACACCGAUUGGUUGUUGGCGUUCUAUGGAGUUGGCGCCAUUGCUUUCCUUCGUGGUGUGUUCAGAGCGCUUCCCUCCCGGAAAAUACUAAUAUUUUCCCGCUUCAGCAACUUGACUGCUACGAAAUGGCCGAUAAAGACGCCGCUUUUGACGACGCAGUGGAGGAGAGGGUGAUCAAUGAGGAGUACAAGAUCUGGAAGAAGAACACUCCUUUUCUCUAUGACCUGGUCAUGACCCAUGCCCUGGAGUGGCCCAGCCUCACUGCCCAGUGGCUGCCGGACGUCACCAGGCCGGAGGGUAAGGACUACAGCGUCCAUCGGUUGGUUCUGGGCACUCACACUUCCGACGAGCAGAAUCACCUUGUGAUCGCCAGCGUGCAGCUUCCCAACGACGACGCUCAGUUCGAUGCUUCCCACUACGACAGCGAGAAAGGAGAGUUUGGAGGCUUUGGAUCUGUUAGUGGUAAAAUAGAAAUUGAGAUCAAGAUCAACCACGAGGGCGAGGUGAACAGAGCUCGCUACAUGCCUCAGAAUCCCUGCAUCAUUGCCACUAAAACCCCCACCAGUGACGUGUUGGUAUUUGAUUACACAAAGCAUCCCUCCAAGCCUGACCCUUCAGGAGAGUGCACCCCCGACCUGCGUCUGAGAGGACACCAGAAGGAGGGCUACGGCCUCUCCUGGAACCCCAACCUCAGUGGUUGUCUUCUCAGCGCCUCUGAUGACCAUACCAUCUGCCUGUGGGACAUCAGCACGGUGCCCAAGGAGGGGAAGAUCGUGGACGCCAAGACCAUUUUCACAGGCCACACUGCCGUGGUGGAAGACGUUUCCUGGCAUCUGCUCCACGAGUCGCUGUUUGGCUCCGUGGCUGACGACCAGAAACUAAUGAUCUGGGACACGCGGUCCAACAACACUUCCAAGCCCAGCCACGCAGUGGACGCCCACACUGCCGAGGUCAACUGCCUGUCCUUCAAUCCUUACAGUGAGUUCAUCCUGGCCACCGGCUCCGCAGAUAAGACCGUGGCUCUUUGGGAUCUGAGGAACCUGAAACUGAAGCUGCACUCGUUUGAGUCACACAAAGACGAGAUCUUCCAGGUCCAGUGGUCUCCUCAUAACGAGACCAUCCUGGCCUCCAGUGGCACCGACAGGAGGCUCAAUGUGUGGGACCUCAGUAAGAUCGGAGAGGAACAGUCUCCUGAAGAUGCUGAGGACGGUCCUCCUGAGCUGCUGUUCAUUCACGGAGGACACACAGCCAAAAUCUCAGACUUCUCCUGGAACCCCAACGAGCCUUGGGUCAUCUGCUCCGUGUCGGAGGACAACAUCAUGCAAGUGUGGCAGAUGGCUGAAAACAUCUACAACGACGAGGACCCAGAAGGUGCUACAGAUUCUGAGGUCCAGGCAUGAGGCCAGUUUCUUCCCGGUUUGACCGGCUCGGUGACCGUUGAUCACUUUUCCAGUUUGGGUGAAUAGGGAGUUAUGUCUUUUUAAAAAGAUACAUUUUGGGGCAGCAGUGGUUUUGUAGAAAAUUGAUGAAACAAAAAAAUCAUAAAAUGCUGCAUCUUCAUCACCACCAUCAUCAUCAUCAUCAUGUCGUGACGUAUUUAAAGACAGUCUGUGUUUGUCAGAUUUUUAGCCUUUUAGUUCUUCAAACUCAUUCUCGUGUCGUCUGGAGAACCAUCAAACUUCCAGCAGUUGGUAUCUUCUCCCCUAGUUUUGAAAAACCAUUCUCCACAGACCGAUUUUAUCAAAAUUGUACAUACUGUAGGUUUUCCUUUUUUUCUUUCCGGUUUGGUAUUUGUAGUAGCGAUUUUCCACCUGACUGUUUUUGUUCCUUUCUCAGUCUUUUUCCUGUGCUACAUCAGAUUUCUUGUGAACUUAAGUAUAUUCAUAAUAAAAUAUUUACAUUAAAUA